CACUUAGUUCAGCCGGCAAACCAUUGCUCUCCUCUUUUUUUCGUUUUUCUUUUUCGUUUUUUUCUUGGCUUGACCGAUUCCAUGCUUUGUUUUAUUUCUCCAUCGAUUCUGAUUUCUGUAUUAUGCUUGUCUCUCCUGGCUAGUGCAAGGAAUCAUUUCAGCUUUGAUGCAGUAAAACAUCUGGUCACGUUUGGCGACUCCUACACAACGCAAUAUUUGGAUGUGUCGACGUUGCAGUACGGAUGUACCAAUUGUACAUCAGCCGGAGGGCCGAAUUGGGUUGAAUACUUUAGCUGGUCGAUCAAUAUUACGUAUUGGAAUUUAGCGUAUAAUAGUGCACCAGUAUCCAAUGCAAUCGUCGGACAGCAAGGAUCAUCCGUUAUUGACGUAACGCAGCAAGUCAGCGAACUAUUUCCUCAAUACAUCAAGAAAGCCGCCAAAUUUUUAGAUUCAGCCAAUGGCAGCAAUACCCUGUAUACAGUAUGGGUGGGCAUCAACGACAUUGACUUGACGUAUGACUGGAACGCCACCAGCGCGUUGGACCAGCGUAUCAUGCAGCAAUAUGCUCAACUCAUGAACGACUUGCAUAUGCAUGGUGCCAGCCAGUUCCUAUUUUUUAGUGUGCCGCCGAUUGAUCGGUCUCCCAUGUGGCAAAACCAUGGACCGUCGACGGCCAACGUUAUCAAGAGCCGAGUUCAAGACUUUAAUAAGAAGAUGAAAAUGAUGGCGCGAACCUUCCAAAAUACCAACGAUGGAAAAUAUUUCUAUUUUGAUGUUUGGAGUGUUUUUACCGAACUCUUGGAUAACCCGUCACGGUACGGAUUUCAAAACGUUGACAGCUACUGUGGCGACAGCAACAGAAACGGAUCUUGUCUACCGGAAGACGAAUACUUUUGGCACAACGACUUGCAUCCGACAUCCAAGGUUCACGAAUAUGUGGCAAAAGAACUUGUCCGUUAUUUACAAUACCAAUAGCUGGCUCCACAUACCCCAUAUUAGUCAUGUCAGCGGCCGUUUUAGUAUUUGUCAGCGUAAUUUUUUUUUUCGGAUCCCCUAUUCACCGCCUGCCAUAUGCCCAUCUUUUAAUGUAUGAAAGAUACAUUACAC